CUAGUCUGUCUUUGACUGGUAAAGAAUUUAAAUCAUCCAGCAUGAACUUGACAAAAUCGUCUGGCGGUGUUCGAAUGGUUGACGGGAAAAGAAUGAAAUGCGGUUGGCUGGAUUACAAUGAUUUCGUCCAGAUUCAUCUAAGUGACGCACAGAUGUGGACCAAGUUCACUGAAUUGCAUACGGCGCAGAUGAGAUAUCUUCGUUCCCUGAGUGACAGCUACGACAGAUGGCCGAUGUUGCAAGAGGGUGCCGUUGCAUGGAUAUCAUGGAAACGCGAGAACCUUCAAAGCGAAGUAGAUGGGGCUGAUACUAGGAUUACCGAGCGGAUUGCACAUCUGACUAAAGUUUCCCAGAAGCUCAUAGUUACAGCUGGUUUGGCCAUUCUGACUUCUAUCGCGGAAGCACAGAAAUCUACCUCCACAUACCGAAGUCUAAAGCGACUCAGCUGGAUAACGGUGAGUUCGAUCAACCGAUAA